GUUCUCUUCAUUCUUCGUGAUUGCAUGGUUGCAAGCUAUGCACAUUCAUGGAACGUAGCAAGGACUAGCAAUACUUGGUGGCUGCCAUGCAGUCUGUCCUCCAGCUUCGUCCUUCUCCCCGUACUUUUCAUCCCCGACGCCCGCAUCGCAAAUCCCGCGCUGGCUGCCUCGUUUGCAAGCAGCGACGAGUCAAGUGCGACGAGGAGAAACCAUCCUGUCACCGAUGCCAAAAACUCGGGUUCGACUGCAGCUAUGAGCCCGAGACCAAAGACAGCGUCAGCGUCUUCCUUGCGAGCCCGCCCGAUUCAAAAGCGUACUGCAUGUCGGUGGACACCGUGACCAAGAAGAUCAACGAGAUCCUGCAGUUGGAUUCAAAAAGCGGCCCAUUGCCUGUAGUGCAGGCAUUGCAGCACUUCCACCAUGGCCUAACGAACCCGGCGCUCGGGCCGGGACGCGCUCAAUCCGCUAUGCAGGCGAAAAUCAUCCAGCUAGGGUUUAAUUCACCUUUCCUUCUGCAUACCAUCAUUGCAGCAGCAACUUCGCAUAUCCGCCACAUGGCUUCGGAUGGUCGCGUCUAUACCCUGACGGAAACUUACCACUGGCAGCAGGCUAUCACCCAGUAUUCUCAGGAAAUUACCACCAUCGGCCCGAAGAACACGGAUAGUCUCAUUUCGGCGUGCUUGCUAUUGACUAUUCGCUCCUUUGCUCUAGAUGAAUACGACCCGCUCAGCUCGUUUGUCUUCUCAGACGAUAUUACCUCCCUGAGCUGGCUGACACUGCAAGGGGGCUUGCGCCAUCUGAUCAUGGCGACGGCGCAGUGGAAAGCUGGCAGUAUGUGGUGGGAGGUUUUCAUGAAGUCUCAUGCUGAGACGGCGGAUUUCUUUGAGGAUGAUCGUCCUGGCCGGGUGGCUAUUCAUCCAGGGCUAGCAGAUCUAUGUGGUAUCGAUGACACGACCACCGCAAAGACGAGCCCGUAUCAUGCGCCAGCACGAAUAUUGACAGGACUGCUGUCGCUGGAGCGAGGAGUCCGGAGUUUUGCACCGUACACGGGAUUCAUGGGGAGACUGCUACCUGAGUUCUUUGCUAAGUUGAUGCAGAAAGAUCCACCGGCAUUGAUACUGCUGAGUUGGUGGUUGGGCUUAAUGUAUGGGACGGAGAUGUAUUGGGUCGAAACACGAGCGAUAUCAGAAAUUACGGCGAUAACGUGGUAUCUGGGGGAGGGAUGGGAGGAGUUUAUGAGGUUUCCAAGGGAGUGUAUAGAGGACUACGAGAAUGCUUGCAUACCAGAAUGAACUGGAAUGAUGCUAUCUUAUCCGCUUAUCGAUAAAGUUCAGGCCAGGAGCGGGGAACUCCACCAAUCAGCGAUGCGGGGAACGUAGAUGCCUGGAUGCUGAGGCGCAGCCUCGUCGU